GUGUAGCACGCAUCUUGCCCUAGGAUUUCCUAAACGGAUUUGACCGCUGCCGCAGUGGUGCAUUUCGUGCCCGCAGCGUUGUUUGGUUAGAAGGUUUGGUCCAGCACGAGGCUUCGCUUACUUGGCUAACCUGACCACACCUGUCAUCUCCGAGUUCGCGUACUUGCCGAUCUACUGUGUUUACAUAUAAAGCCUCUUCUCCGCCUCUUCUUCCCGUUUCUCCUCUUCCGUCUUGCCUCCUCUGUCUGACUGGACUGGACUCAGUUGGCAUUCCCAUCAUGGAUCUACUCAAGACAGUGCUGUCUCCACUCGGAAUGAACUCGAACAACAUUCAGGACACUCUUAAAUGGGUUGUCAUCGGCGGAACAGUGGAAACGGCGCGUCGGGUAUCAAAGUCGGCAUGGAAUGGAUUUGUCGAUUCGUUCUUCUUGACGGCGCACUUUAGCCAAGAAGACUAUCCCUAUGACUGGUUGAUGCACUGGCUGUCGAAGCAACCUGCUUGGGGCCAGAGUCGCGAGUUUGAGAUUACGACUCGUAGCGUCGGACGCGCCAGUCUCACGCAGGCCACAACAGGCGACCUCGAAGAGGAGGACCUCGGAGACGACGAUGAAGAUGAGCUCGUCCAUGGCCGGCGCAGGAGGAAGGUCGCAUUCAUGCCCAGCCUCGGCACAACACAUACCAUCUAUUAUCGUGGGCAUUGGCUACGAGUAACCCGUACCAAGAAGUCUCAUGGCUAUCAUGCCUAUGCCGAAAUUGCCGUCAGCGUCAUUGCGCGUAACAAUAGCAUUCUCAAGAAGCUUGUACUCGAGGCGAAGAGAGAAUACGAGAAGGAUGCUGAGCAUCGAGUGCACAUUUUCAUGGCCGAUUCGUAUGGCAGCUGGCGUUGGAACGGAGCUCGCCAAAAACGUCCGAUGAGCUCCAUUGUUCUUGAGCCUGGUGUCAAGGACAUGCUUCUGGCAGACUGUCGCGACUUCUUACGCUCCGAAGAGUGGUACGCGGAAAGAGGUAUCCCAUUCCGCCGAGGAUAUCUCCUUCAUGGUGUCCCUGGCAGCGGGAAAACUUCGCUUAUUCACUCGCUCGCCGGAGAGCUCGGACUGGACAUCUAUGUCGUCAGCCUUUCGUCGAAAGGAAUGAGUGACAACACGCUAGCCACAUUGAUGGGAGGGGUACCAUCAAGGUGUAUCCUUCUUUUGGAGGACCUAGAUGCAGCAUUUACAAGGUCGGUUUCUCGUGACGAGAAAUCAACUGGUACUCCGAAGGACUCUGCUUCGGAAAGCGGAUCGUCAAAGAGCAGUAGUUCCUCAGAAGGCUCAACACUCAGUUUGAGCGGAUUGUUGAAUGCUCUCGAUGGCGUCGCUGCGGCGGAGGGCAGGUUGCUUUUCGCUACGACGAAUCACAUUGAGCGGCUUGAUCCGGCAUUGAGUCGGCCGGGGCGUAUGGAUGUGUGGGUGAACUUCACAAAUGCGACCAAAUGGCAGGCAGAGGGUAUUUUCAAAUGUUUCUUCCCUUCGCGUACAGCCAAAGAGAAGGCGGAUGAGGAGUCAGGCGCGAGUGAGAAUAGCAAAACAGGAGCUGACGCAAACGCAAGCGCCAACGCCGGAACGCGGAACGUGCCAGGUAUGAAGCGGAAGACGACCGCACAUGCAGUGCCCGUCCUUGAACAGGAAGAGAUCAACGAGCUUGCGAAGCGCUUUGCAGAGCAGAUCCCGGAAGGCGAGAUGAGCGUUGCAAGUCUUCAGGGUUAUCUCCUCAAGAACAAGACCCGUCCUCGUGAGUGUGUCGAUGAAGUCACCGAAUGGAUAAUCAAGGAACGCGAGACGAAGGCGAAGCUCAAGAAGGAAAAAGAGGAGAAAGAAGCCAAGGAAGCACUCGAAGCCGAAGAAAAGUCAGCAAGAGAACGAGCAGCCAAAGAAAAAACUGACAAGGAUGAAAAAACCGAAAAAUCCAGCAAGAAGGAUUCCACGAAGUCGUCUAGAUCUGAGCGUCGGUCGAGUGAGAAGACAACAUCAUCGUCAACGACAGAGUCAGGCGAGACUACAUCUGCGUCUAAUCCUCCGUCAUCAACUUCGACGUCUUCAUCUUGCGACUCGUCUCCGAGUGUAUCAGAUUACGAAGGCUCAGGCAUGGAUGCCGAUACAGAAUAUAGCAUGACAACCGAUGAAGAAGUCGACAAGCUCGUUGACGCUGCAACAACCACUGAAACUGCCGACUCGCAAAACUCAAAGAAAUGGGUCAACAUCAAGGGUAAGACCCCGUCCGCAGACACACAAGCUGAGGCAACACCAGCCGAUUCUACCGCGGAUAACACGACCGAAACGAAUACAACUGCAAAUACGACUACAACUACGGAAGCAACGUCGUCAAAUUAAGAAUUUACAUGUUUACCAAGGCAUUCGCCACGACGAGACAUGAAUCCACGUCGUCGAACGCGUGUACACUCUCGUCGCUGACUUUUGAAAAGUGUUCAAGAUCGCAUCUAAUUAAAUUAUAGGGCCAACUUUCAGCCAUUCUUGGUUCGCUGUACCUCAGCUACCUCUUAACGUUGACGUUCUACGUCCGCGUAGAAUGGCAAUCCAAUGGUUGGCCUGCAAUAUAGAGUUCAUACUGUCCCGCUCGUUACCUGGUUAUCGCAGUUCGUACUAUUGUCUGUACACCGCACAUCACACGCAUGUUGUUUUUGUUCUGUUUCCUAGCUCCUGGCCUCAAUUGACUGCACAUCCCCUGUUCCCUGUCUCCUGCAAUACUGUUUUCUUCUUUGUACAUAUUAGAAUGUUGAAUAAACCUGUCUCCCUGUCCC